UGCCGGGAAGUUUAGCUAAACUUCGAUCACAUGGAGGGAAAAAGAAACCGGGGGUUAAUUCCAACGACAAAUAUGUUUUAUAAUGUAUUAUUCUGCUAUAUUUUUUUACUGUACGGAACGAAAAAUGUUACGACACAUAGGUUGAAUGUGCCGAGAGUUUUGUUACCUGUAUUUAAUGAUUUUGCGGUUAAUUUUACCCUCGAAGUAACCGAUGGCGGCUGUUAUCAAUGGUCAACUUCUCGUUUGGAUAUUAUUCAACUAAUUCCGAUAAACGAAAACUUUGACAAAAGUUGUUCAUCAAGUAUUAUGAUCCAAACUAUAACCAGAGAAUCGACAAGGAAUACAGCUAUUGUUUUGGCAGAAGAUGUUAACACGGGACAAUUGUUACGCUGUGAUGUUAUAAUAGAUGCAAUAUUUUCUUUAAAUCUUGUUACUACAACACGAGAGUUAUACAUCGAAGAAGCACCAGAAGCUUUUGAAGUACGAGCCUAUGACGAGCAAGGAAAUGAAUUUACAACUUUGGCCGGAAUAGAAUUUUUAUGGAGCAUUGGUCAUCUCGAUAAACGCACUCAAUCUGAUAACAAAAUUCUUGGUGAUGUUCUACGUUUCUUAACAUAUCAAGAAUCGCAAUACGAAACACCUUCAACAGUGGCAGAAUUAGAUGCAGCUGGUAAACAGGGACACAUUGUACUUUUAGAAGGAAUUCGUACCGGUACAGCUAAGGUUUCUGUAAAAUUACCUUAUCUAGAAUACAGACAUGUCCUGCCAAUAGAAGUCGAAUUAAUUGUUAUAGCUAAUCUAAUUAUUAUACCUUCCGAAGUGACUAUGAUGCAAUUUGAUAAUUUCAAAUAUAAAAUAAUGCAGAUUCAUCAAGGUCGUUUAGAAACAAUCAAUCUUCCUUCUAGUCAAUAUUACUUAGAAGCUGAAAAUCCAGAUAUGUUAGAUAUUGAUAAUGACAUAAGUAAUGCAUAUGCACUUUCUAUGGGCAGAACUAAAGUAUUUUUACAUGAUAAAAAUGUUAGAGAUGAAUAUCCAGUUAUUUUACCAUCGGCUGUGGUCAAUGUAAAUAGCGUAGCGUAUAUUUCUCUGGCAGUUUUACCUAACAGAAAUUGGGGUUUGAUCUUAGGACAAACGCAUGAGAUCGUUGUUGAAUUAUAUGACAAUAAAGAUCACAAGUUUCAUAUCGGCGAGGGUGUAAAAGUAUCUAUUAAAGUGGAUAACAAUUAUUUUGAUACCAAAUUUGUAUCACAAAAUGGAACUUAUCUUGUUGGUGUUCCUAUCACUUGUGGAACUAUGUUAGUAAAAGCUACUUUAUAUGGAAUAAUGGAUAAAAAUGGAAAAGAAAUUCUUUUAACUUCGCCACUUUCUGCAGAAGUCGAACUUGUGAUACACACGCUUGUAACCGUUCGUCCUCGUGUAUUAGCCGUUCUGUGGGAUUCUAGAAGUAAAUCACGAUAUGACAUAGUUUUAAAAGCAAGUGGUGGUGAUGGUUCAUAUGCAUGGACAAGUAGAAAUUCAUCCGUAGUAACAGUUUCUCAAAACGGAGGCAUAAGAAUUUUGGCUCCAGGUUCUUCAGAAAUAAUAGUUGCAAUGUCAAGAAAUCAGUAUAAUAAAGAUACAGCAAAGAUACAUGUAUUAUUACCGUCAAAAUUGAAAAUUAUAGAAUACAGUAUCGAAGCAGCUGUUGGUGAGCCUAUACACUUGCAUAUUGCAUUAUAUGGAAAAUUAACCAAUGGAUCGGAUAGCAAAGAAAUUCCAUUUAAUGAUUGUAAAGAUAUCAAUUUUGAAAUGAUUAUUCCCGAUGGUAAUUUUGUACAGAAUUCUAGCAAAGAUGUACAACCUAUUGGAGUAUCGUGCACUGUAAUUACAAUAAUAAGUUCAAGUAUUGGUAUAUCUCAAGUUACAAUAGCAUACAAUGCUAGUGGAAAAUACUUAAUGGACAACAUAACUGUAUCGGCGUAUGAGCCAUUAACAGUUGUACAUCCUAAAAAUAAAGAAACGUUACUUGCGGUUGGGUCUUCCAGAAAAAUAGUGUUCAAGGGUGGUCCUCAUCCGUGGUCUGGUAAAUCGCAAAGUUAUUCGCGCAGAAUGAUAAGUUCUAAUGAAAAUAUUGCUGAAGUAACAGAACAUAUGCAUUCGUUAAGUAUAUCCUACGAUAUAUCUGUGUUUGAAGUACUUUGCAAAGCAUUGGGAGAAGUAACAUUAACAUAUACUGUGUCAAACGUUCCUCUCUUACCAAAUUGUAAGACUACUUAUGCGAAGCAAACGACACAAGUUACUUGUGGAAAACCAAGAUACAUUUAUCUUCAACCGGAAGUGAAAGACAGUAAUAGUUGUCCGCUUAAAAAAAAUCCUGACAAAAUAUUAGCUCACAGCGAUAAGAGUCAAAAAUUUACUAUAAUAGUUAAAGACGAGGAUGGCAGGCAAUUUGAUAACAUUACUAGUUUAAACAUCGAAUGGAAUAUAAAACCUCCCGCAGCUGGUCAUAUGGAAAUUUCAACCGCUUCCAUAGAAGAAACUUUUACGGAUAUGCAAGUAGUUCUGCCAAAGAGACAUUAUCAAAAUGUUGUAUUUACUAAACGUUUUGGAAAGUUUACCAUAUGUGCUAUAAUAAUUGGAUAUCAAAAGCAUAUACUUGGAAAAUUACGAAUAACGCCUGAAUGGCCUGCGUUUCCUGUGCAAAAUGAUAAAGGCAAUAUCGAAACGCCUAUAAUAGAGAAUUGCAUAGAAAUAACUUUAGUAAACGAUACCAUUCUUAAUCCAAACAGAUUGAUCAUUUUAAAUGAUCCUAAUGGAAAAUAUUACUUGGAAGUUACUCAGGGUUCUGGAUAUUACGAAUUUAUUUUAAGUUCCAAUGAUGUGGCUGAUGUUCGUUACAUGGAACCAACAAAAGUAAUUAGCGUUAAGCCAAAAAAAGCAGGAAUAGUUCAUAUAUCAUUAAGAGAUCUUUGUUUACCUUCAAAAGAAGCAGAAGCUAUUAUCGAAGUACAACAAUUAGCUAUAAUAGAGACAGACGUUAUCAAUAAAAUUGAGAAAGGAAAAUGCGUAAUAGCUGCACUUAAAUUAUUGGAUACUAAUGGAAAUAUAAUUAAAUUGCCAUCCUUGGACAUAUUGAAUUUUAAACCUAAAUUUGAAAACAAAUAUAUCGAGAUCAAACAACUAUCUCUAAACGAACAUGGUAAUCCACCAUAUGAUCAAGUGCUAUAUAAGGUUUAUGGUGUCGACGAAGGUGAAACGCAAUUAAUUUUUAUCAGUGAAGCAAAUGAACUAGUAAUUCAAAGUGAACCAGUCUCCAUUCAAGUUUUUCUUCCUUUAAAAAUACAUCCAAAAAAUCUAACAAUAUUAAUUGGAACAAUCUAUCAAAUUCAAGCAAUUGGUGGUCCAACCAACGCUGAAAUCGAAUUUUCAACAAAGAAUAACGAAAUUUUAAGUAUUGAUCAUAACGGAGUUUUUGAAGGUAAAUCAAAUGGACAAACUAAAAUUAUAGCAAGAGCGAUUGGUCUUAAUGCUAAAGGAAAUAAAAUAGUUUAUUCCGAAGACUAUACUACCAUUCAUGUAUUGUACCUUGAAGGAGUUAAAAUUGUAACACCUAUAACUCGCGUGAAAAUAGGAGGUACUUUUCCGCUUUGGGCAUUUGGUAUCCCAGAAUAUUUAACACCACUUAUAAUAGGAUCUAUGCAGUUGCCAUUAUCUUUUUCGUGGUCUUCUAGUGAUUCUAACUUUUUGAGUUUACAUAAUAUGUACGAAGGUACAGGAAUAAAUAUUCGCUAUCAAAAUGAAGUAUCAAUAAGAGCAAGAGCUCUGGAAGCUGGUUCAGUAACUGUUUAUUUAAAUGUCACGGUACCAUCUAGCAAAUUAAGUGGUCUUAGAAACGAAGUGACGUAUACUACAUCUGUGAAAAUCGAAAUUUUUGAAGAAUUACGUUUAAUUUAUCCUCCUUUACCAAGUGGUUCAUCAGUAAUAUUAAUGGCUCCAAAUUCUAUGUUAAAACUACAAACUAAUUGGGAUAAGCAUGGAUCUAUUACAUACCAAAUUAUAUCAAGUACACAGCAAAAUAAUUCUAAGGAUCCUAACGCUUUAAAUUUACUAUCCAAAAGUGUAACUAUUCAUAAUGGAGUUAUCAAGUCAGGUGAUCAAUUUGGAAGAACUAUUAUUUCUAUCACAAAUGUAGAAAUGUAUAAUGUCAAACAAGUAUUAACCAUUGUCGUUGAUGUUAAACCAAUUCAUUACAUGAUGCUUUCUCUGCAUUCAAAAUUACGUAUAAGAAGUGGAGAAGAAUUAAAUAUGUUACCUAAAGGAAUGGAAUUGGAUUAUAUUGUGGAAUAUUACGAUAAUGUUGGUAUAAAAUUUCAUGCUGCUGAAACAAAUAUAAAGACAACUUUAAAUCGCGUUGAUUUAGCAACAUUUAUAAUUAAUCCUGGAAAUUUGAUAACUACUAAAUUUAUUGAAAAUGGAGAAUUAGUUGUUAAAGUUUUUAAUGAUAAAUAUCAUCAAGGAAUGUUUGACUAUGUAUACAUGAGACUCGGUGAUAUAGUUUUUCCAACAAAGGCUACUUUGACUAUAGGCGAUAUCGUUUGUUUCUCUAUGCCACUUCUUUCAUCUGACGGUGAUCCAGGUUACUGGCAGUCCACUGCACCUGAAAUAUUGCUUAUUGAUCCGAUAACUGGAAUAGCUAGAGCACGAAACGUAGGACAUGCUGUUAUAAAGCAUAGUCUUGCCACUCAUAUGCAGGGCGAGAUAGAAGUAACUGUUCAAGCGAUAUCUAAGGUAUCUAUAGUACCGAUACGAGGUAGAAAUAUAACUGGCUUUGAAACGUUUAGCGUACCACUUGUACUUAAAAGUAAAGAUGAACAGAUUAAAGAAAAUAACGUGUUGUCAAGAGGUUUAGGAGGAUGUAGAACUUCUCCUUCGUUCACACUUACUACUUUUCCAUACACAUGCAAUAUACAACUCAUACCUAGUAGCUCGAUAGGUGUAAAAGAUAUGUUCCUCGUGAAACCUCGAUUUAGCAUUGCGACUGGUUUCUAUUACUGUGAUAUAAUACCAAUGGAUUCACCAAGUGUACCUCUCAGUACAUUAGAAACUCGUAUCCAAAUUAGUGCACGAUGUCGUGAUUUCGAAGCUACUCCUUUAGAACUUGCAUAUCUUCCACCUAUAUACAUUAGUACAAAAGAAAUAUUAUUUGUCAAUCCACAAUCUCAAACAGUACCCUUUGCCACGGUAGAAAUCUUUGGAUUGCAAUCAGUAUUGGAACACGUUACUAUCGAAGUACCCGAUGGAAUAACCAUAAGCGGUCGAUCGGUAUUCAAAUCUUGGACUCAAAUUCGUCUUCGUUUGAUGAAUAAUCAAGAUGAUAUUCAAGGACAAAAAGUAAUAGUAUCGAAUGAACUCACGAAACAAAAUAUUUCUCUUUUCAUUCGCAUUUCGAAGUACGAUCAUUUCAUGCCCUUCUCUGGUAUUCAAUGGGUUGAUUAUAUAUAUUUUCAUCGAUACACAUUUGGAACAUUCGCUGUCAUAGUGAUAACUUGUUUCUACAUAUGGAAAAAUAGAGUGACAAAUGUUGACUUAACGAUCAAGAAUAGAUCUGUAUUUGUCGAUAAAUGCCCACCGACAGUUAGAAAAACCAGCACGCCAUAUUCUCCUACUAUGAACACAUCAAACAUGUCUAGUCCUCAUAGUCCAACUUCACCAUUAAGACCAUUUUCAGCAUUUGAACCGGUAUAUGGCGAUCCUCGUGGUCUAUUCACGCCAUUGGCUAGACGAAACAGAACUUUAAAUUGAAUUGUUAAUAAAAGGUAUAUAGUGGGUUAGUCAAUAAACGAACAUAAUCUGUUCAGAGACGAUGUUCAUUACCCACAUUGUUCAUUAACUGAUUAUCAGAAGAAAAAAAAUUAAAUAAGUCUACAAAUGUUAGAAACAGCAUCGCUUCUUGUGUUUGUUCUGUAAGGUGGGGGUGUUAUCUGAACGUAAAAAUCUUUUGUGAAAGUGUUCAUAGUCUGCAUUGUUCAUUAAUCGAUCUUUCACUGUAUGUGUUAAAACCUACUAUUACUGCUGCUAUUAUUAUUAUUAUUAUUA